GAGAGAGCACGCCCUUCGACUCUCCGAAACACUCGCCAUCCUCUGCACUUUCCUCCUCAGUGCCUGCACACAUACACACACGCACACACACAGAGAGAGAAACACACGCAGAGCAAGGGACUCCUCCACCAAAGGCUGCUAUGGCCACAGACAGACACCCCCCUUCUCACACGUCUGGAAGUCAGCCACAGCAGGGACCAGACUGCACUCCAGUGCACUGAGGGAGCACGGGGACUCGUGCCACAGGAGCUUCUCCAGCUCACACCGCCAUCCCUCCACUGCUUAAUCCACGGAUCUGCUUUCUUUAUCUCAACUCCUCCACCCCCGUGGAGAGGGAAAAAAAGAAAAAAAAAAAAACCCGAGACAGAGAAAAGAGCCACCCGCCUCUGUGGUCUCAUAGCAGCCCUCGGAGCCCAGCAAGCGGAACACAGCCAAGCAGGAGAGCGAGUGAGCGCACGGGAGACGGCAGCUGCACCAGAGCCAGGGGAAUGGACCUGUCUGCCUGCUGGAUAAACCCGCGACUGCCGUCAGUGCCCAAGUCCGAGGAGGAAGGCUAAAGCAUCCCGCUGCCCUCCACCUGGCCUGAUAAAAGACCCUGGCUGAGAAUGAACGGAGAUGUUCUUUAGCUGAGAUCGCAAGCGUCUUUUUUUCCCAUCCCUUUCUGGCACGACCCGAGCCUGCGGAGAGCCCCUGCUGACCGUCGGCGGCUCGGGCAGAAGUGGAGGGGGAGGAGUGGGAGGGGGAGGUCGGGGCGAGAGACAGUGUUGCCCCGGAGGAGAGCGGAGGGGAGGGACGGCGCAUGGCCGUGCAGCGGCUGGUGGCCGCAGCGGUGGCGGUGGCCCUGAUGUCCCUGGUGCUCAACAACGUGGCGGCGUUCACGCCCAGCUGGGUCCUGCAGGCCCUGGAGGACGGGCGCAAGCGCAGCGUGGGGCUGUGGAAGAUGUGCGAGCGGGGCCGGGAUGAGGCGAGCGCCGGGCGGCAUGGCCAGGUGACACAGCCCCAGUGCGACACGCUGGGCUGGGGCUCCGAAUUCACUGGAUACCAAGAGUCGCGCAGCACCGUCAAGUUGCAGUUCGACAUGAUGCGGGCCUGUAACCUGAUGGCCACGGUGGCCCUGACGGCCGGCCAGCUCAUCUUCCUGCUGGGGCUGCUGGAGCUGCCCUUCAUUGCCCAGGACUCGCAGUGGUGGGAGGAGGCCAUUGCCGCGCUCUUCCAGCUAGCCAGUUUCGUGCUGGUCAUCGGCCUGGUGACCUUCUACCGCAUCGGGCCGUACACGCACCUCUCAUACUCCUGCUACGUGAACAUUGCGGCCUGCCUGCUGGCCACCCUGUCAGCCGCCAUGCUCAUCUGGAACAUCUUGCACCGGCGUGACGACUGCCUCGCGCCCCGCGUCAUCGUCAUCAGCCGCUCGCUCGCCACGCCAUUCCACCCGCGCCUCGACAACGACUACGUGGAGUCCCCCUGCUGAGCCCCCGCUCUCUCCCCCCUGACAUUGCAAUGGACGACUUAGGGGAGACUGCCGUUGGAGGAGGGACAAAGACAUAAAGGGGCGAAUCUCUCUCCUCUGAACAACCCAUCUGGCUGCUCAGCUUUGCUAAAAGGUGCUGGGGGGAGGGAAGUUCAUGGCUAUACAGACACCGGACUAGACACCCCUCUGUUGCUGGAAUGUACCAUUCUCUUUCUGCCACCUGGGUAACCUGGGGUAACCAUACAUGCACAGUACUGAAGUUCAACUCGAAAUCUGGACAGCGGUCAGGAAAUUCCUGUGGCUGGAUAAGCAAGUGCUGGGGCAAGGACGGUUGGAGAUAUGAGGAAUGGCCACAAGUCUCUAUGAAGUAUAGAGGUCCGUCAAUUUGCUGCCGAAGUUCUACAACACAGCUGAUACGACACCUGAAAAACACCACGCUGUACUCCAAAUGCUGAAAAAAAGGAUUCUGAACUGAAGUGGAUGAAAGUUUGUAACCUUAAAAAUUCUAACAAUAUUAGAACAGAUGAAAAAAAAUCAAAUAUGUAUGCAGAGGUUUGGUUUACUGCAAGGCGUGUAUGAUGUCUGACAAUUUGUGGUGACCUGGGACUUGGUGCUGUGCUUUUUUUCUCAGCUAGCAGUUUCAUAGCCAAAAGCUUCCCGAACCCCAAAACGUUCUGUCGAGAAAAGAUCAAGCUGGAUCUUGACAAUUUUUUUUUGUUUUAUGUGCAGUUAUUUUAACAUAUAGCUCUCGCAGAGUGGUAAUAUUAUUUUUUAUACAGAAACAGUUUAAGAUUUUAAGACUGGAAUUAGCAAUAACACAACAAUUAGCCGACUCCCUGAAAUGUGUUAUUGCACACUGUUUUUCAACAUGGUGUUUUGAUACCAAACGCAGACACAACCUGAAUGCUGACAAUAGUUUGUCUCUAGGUGCAUUCAUACAAACUGCCCAUAAACUGGCUGAAAUCCUCAAAAAGGAAGGACAAGUGAAAGAGAACAGGAAGGGAGAGGAAGAUGUAACUCAACAAUAAAAAGCUAAACUCACUUUAGUAAGGACUCAUUCUGAUAAUCCGCUCGCUUGUGGUACAUGUACUUAAAUUAAUUCAGUAUGAUUGUAAUAAUUAUAUUGCUAUUAUAUCAUACUGCUACUUGUGGUGCCAAAAUUCCGAUGUGAAUGGGGUUUAAUUCAUAAUUGUUUAUUUCCUGA